AUGGAAGCUGAGAGCAAUGUAACAGAAUUCAUCUUGCUGGGCCUGACCCCAAAUCCACAACUGCAGAAACUCUUAUUUACUGUGUUUCUACUGACCUAUUUGAUCACACUGGCAGGUAAUAUGCUCAUCUCCAUCACCAUCUUCAUCAGCCCAGCCCUGGGCUCUCCCAUGUACUUCUUUCUGUCCUGUUUAUCCAUUAUAGACGGUUUCUACUCUUCUUCCAUAGCACCCAAAAUGAUCUUUGACUUGAUCUCUGAAAAGAACACCAUAUCCUUCAGUGGCUGCAUGACUCAGCUCUUUGCUGAACACUUUUUUGCUGCAGCUGAGAUCAUCCUGUUAAUGGCCAUGGCCUAUGACCGCUAUGUGGCCAUCUGUAAGCCCUUGCACUACAUGACCAUCAUGAACCAGCAGCUGUGUGGUUUCCUGGUGGGGGCGGCUGGGGUCUUGGGGUUUAUUCAUGGAGGGAUACAGAUUUUGUUUAUGGCUCAGUUACCGUUCUGUGGACCCAAUGUCAUCGACCACUUUAUGUGUGAUUUAAUUCCUCUCCUGGAGCUGGCCUGCACAGACACCCGCACUUUGGGGCCCCUGAUUGCUGCCAACAGUGGGUCACUGUGUUUGAUCAUCUUCAUCAUGCUGGUGGCUUCCUAUGUCAUCAUCCUGCGCUCCCUGAGGUCUCACAGCUCUGAAGGGCGCCGCAAAGCCCUGUCUACCUGUGCCUCUCAUGUCACAGUUGUCAUCUUAUUCUUUGUACCUUGUUCAUACCUAUACCUUAGACCUGUGGCCUCCUUCCCUGCUGACAAAGCUGUGACUGUGUUUUGUACCCUAGUGACACCUAUGUUAAACCCUUUGAUCUACACCUUCAGAAAUGAGGAAGUGAAAAAGGUUCUGAAGAAACUCUGGAAUCAAAUGAUGAAAGUUGAUGAAAAAUAA